AGGGCCUUGAGGAGCCAUGGAACCUCACACCACCACCAUCACCAGCGAGGCAGGAGCACCAGCAUUACAGUCUCCCAACCUCAGUAGCUUCUCAACUGUGACGGGGAAUGUACGUCAGCCCCUCUCCCGACCCGCCCUCUGGAGAGACAAGCUGCAAUGCGCUCCCCUCGCCUCUCCUAACACUUGGCGAACAUUCCAUUAGUGCCUUAAGGGAUUCCAGCAACACUUCUACAGGAUGGCGGACAGCAACUCACCCGAGGACUGGGAGCUGCGGUCCUUCUCCUCGGGGAAGCUCAAGAAGUCCUCCUCGGUGGAGAUCCUGCUGGGGACCCAUCGUUCACGCGGCCGCCUCCUUGCCACCUCCCCGCUCCCCUCCAGCCGCGUCACCAGCCACGACAUGAAGGGGUCAGGCCGCCCCGCCAGCACCGGAAAGGCUGACACCCUCCCCUUGCCUAUCGCGCCUCCGUCGAGUGCCGCUCCUCCGUCAGGUGCCGCCUCUUCCCCAGUGCAGAACGGAAGUGUUAGGGACCCAGAAACUGUGCCAAGCAAUACAGUGCCACAGAACAAGGACGCUACUAAGACCAAGGAGACAGGGUUAACUAAUACAGUGCCACAGAACAAUGGCGCUGCAAAGAACAAGGAGCCGGUGCCAAGUAUUACAGUGUCAGGGAAGAGCGGAGGCUUUGCAAGAGAGACGGAAACAGUGCCUAAUAAAACAGCGGCAGGGAAAGAGAACAAAAAAGUGAAACCUGAACUCACGGGGUCGAACAGUUCAUUAAUACGAGUGCCCGAACCCACACCUGCCCCUGUGCCCGUCACCUCAACACCUGUGGCCGCUAAACCCCCGCCAGCUGUCCUGCCUAACCCCCUACACACACCCCCCUGGCCAGACUUAAGAACCUGAAGGAAAAAGGGAGUCAUCUGCCGCCCCUAAACACCUCACACAAACCGGAGUACCAGUCCCCCAUGAGCACCCCCCGCGGCACCCCCCUAGGCACCCCGAUCAUAGGGAAGCGAGGCCACGUGUUCUCAGUGUCAACGCCUGAAGUGGAGCCUGAAACUGGGCAGCCGCUCCCGCCUUUCCCCUUCGAGGCCAGAACCAAGAAACCAGUGACGGAGUGCGUGAGUGACCCCUUCGACGUGCGCUGCAAGAUUAAACCCCCGGCAGACUCCGCGGCGAAGGACAAGAGUGGAGGCGAGGAAGAGGAACCAGUGUGGCAGAGAAGACUGUCCCUCCUCUUCGUGCCGCCCACAGAGGAUGAGCUGGAGCCGGAGAAGGAACCAGAGGAGACGACGAGGCUCCUCCCGGCCAUCACAACCCCCUACAUCCUCCGCAAGCAGUCUGUGGAUAGCGUCGCCUCGCCCCCCAUCUCCAGACGCAAGGACCGAGAGGAGAGGGCGAACAAGAAGAAGGAGAAGGAGGCGAGCAAGAAAGAAAGACAGGCGAGGGAAAAGUUGAUAAAGGAAGAGGCCAAGCAAUCACGUACUAAUUUGGAAGAGGAGAAUAAGAGGAGAGAAGAGGAGCGAAGGAAGAAAGAAAAGGAGGAAGCAAAGAAGACUGAUUCUAAAUUCUCAAGAUUAAGGCGUUCAUUCAGUGAUGACCCCGUCUCGUCCUCGUCCUCCAUGGGAUCGAGCGAGGAGGACGAGGAGAAGGAGAAGGAGGAGGAGGAGGAAGGGAAGGAGCACCUGGACGACUAUACCUCCUGGGAUGACACUAUCUGCUCCAAUCGCUCUGCCUACUUCAAGAAAUACUACACCCAGCGUGGCGUGAUAGGCAAGGCAGCAGAGGAGGACAAGGAGGCAGGAUUUAGGUCCCCCUUCGAAGCGUCUCACAAUUCUCUCUCGUCACUAAUUCGAGAGAGAAUGGGGAAGACGCCGCCAAGCCAGGAGAAGACCUCUCAGCUAGGUCUGGUGGUGCUGGUGGUGGUGCUACUGGUGGUGAUUGUGGUGGGCAUCAGCCUCACCCACUACUUUUACCACCUACACCUGCUGGAGCUGUCAAUCUUUAACCGAAUCAAGUUCUACGAGGGGCCGAGGCACCUGGAGGUGUACGAUCCCACGUGGAAACCCCGUCAUCACCCUGCACAUGGGGACCAACCUGCCCAAACACUCCAUCCCCGAGGACUGCACAGACUACCUCCACUACCUGCAGGACGAGAACCUACACCCUUCCGCACCACGGCCUCGACGACGACGAGUACGAGGAGAUGAUCUGCCUCGACUGGACGGCCCUGGCGCAGCUGCAACCUCCGCAAGCUGUACGCAGCGGGCAGCGUGCAGUGCUACACGGUGUGGUGGGUGGCGCUCAAACACGACUUCACGCUGCGGGGACUGUCUGAUGCCCACC